AUGAUGCUGAAAGGUGGAGAAGACAACAUGAUUGUAUUAUUUGAUAGGCUCAGAAUUGGCAUAGACAUUAUAGAAAUAAGAGCAGGGAACACUAGAAACAGCGUGUCCAAUAGUAUAACACCUUUGGCUAAAUCUGCUGAACAGGUUGGUAAAGUAGAUUCCAAAAAGCCAAUAAAUAGAUCUGGUAAGGCUAAACAAAGCACUUUGGAAGAAACUAUUCGUAAAAUUCUCUAA